AACUUACUGAUGAGCAAAUUCAAGAGGUUAUAGAUUAUGGGAUAUCUUCAGAAAAGUUGCCUCUAGUAACAAAUCAUGUGACCAAAAUUUCCGAGACAUUAUGUCCCGGAAAAAUCUUAUCUGAAGUAAGUGAAUCAACUGCAAUUCCUAUCCCAUCAUCCCAUAUCGAAAAGGUUUUAUCGGAAACCGAGAUAAACACAUCAUCUGCAUCUCAGGAUUUAUCAAAAACAGAG